AUGGAUGCGGAGUAUGCCUAUGCGAAGAAGAGAAUGCAUCUCGGGAAGAGAUGCAACUUCUCCGACUUCGACAAGGUAGAAGUCGAAAUUAAGUCGAAUCCGGCGUUGAUGAGUAAUUACGUUAGAAUGGAUCCUGUGACGCACGCUACGCAAUGCAGUAAAGUUUACGCGGUCCACGAGGUAAAUACGACCACUGCAACGUAUAAGGAUAACAAAAUGUUUCAUUACGAGGGCGGCUGGCCAAAGGACAUAAACAUGAAGGAUCUCGAGCAGACAGUUAGAUAUAGACGUAAGAUCGAGAAAGAUGAAUUGUAUAUUCACACGAUGCUCCAGCUGCUACCUUCAAUGGAGCAUUGCAUUUUGCAAAACAACGCUUGCAACAUUUACGAAGAGUACUUCGCCGACGUGGAGGCGGCGCCGUUGGUACAGCGAGCAUUCUCGCGCACGGUGAACGUUUACCGCGAUCCUUUAACGAUGAAACGGCAGAUCACCCAUCUGUCCUGGUCGCCGGACCAGGGUAAUCGCUUUGCGGCCAGCUAUUGCAACGUCGAUUUCAAAAAAACCUCCAGCAACAAUUACACGUCGUACAUUUGGGAAGUAGAGAACCCGAAUAAUCCUUAUAUAACGCUAAAACCCUUUUGCCCGAUCUUGACGUUGGAGUACAAUCCUAAGGACAGCAACACCUUGAUAGGCGGUCUGAUAACUGGGCAGGUCGCAUGCUGGGACAUUAGAAGAGGAUCAGAAAUGGUAGACCUUAGCUCGGUUGAGUUUAGCCACAGAGAUCCCUGUGAUAAGACCCUGUGGAUUAAUUCCAAGACCGGCACCGAGUUUUUCAGCGCCUCGAAAGACGGACAGAUAAAGUGGUGGGACACCAGAAAGCUGCAGGUUCCCACGGAAAAUUUGAUAAUAGAUUUGUCGAAGCCGGAAAAUCAGAACGUGGACAAAGCUACUGGUAUCUCGGCUCUUCAAUUCGAACCUUCGAUGGGGACGCGUUUCAUGUGCGGCUUGGAAAACGGUAUUGUAAUAUCAGGAAACCGCAAAGGUAAGACGCCCGGUGAAAAGAUUGCGACUAGAUUUAGAGCUCAGUACGGGCCGGUUAUAAGUCUGGAGAGAAAUCCAACGUUCGUAAAAAACUUCUUAACGAUCGGUGAUUGGACCUCGAGAAUCUGGUCGGAAGAUUGCAGAGAAUCCUGUAUAGCAUGGACACCCGGUCAUCGAGAUUUCUUAACGGGUGGUGCGUGGAGCGCUACGCGUUAUUCCGUGUAUUAUCUAAUCAAAGUUGAUGGGACUUUAGAUGUGUGGGAUUUUUUAAUUCAGCAGGACAGCCCGGUUCUCAGCGUGAAGGUCUGCGACGAAAGCCUGACCUGUUUACGACCGCACGAGCAGGGCCAGCUGGCUGCAGUGGCGAAUAAAAAGGGUUCGACUUAUCUGCUCGAAUUUUCGGAAGCUUUGACGAUAAAUCAAAAGAAUGAUAAAUUGCUAUUAACCGCGCUUUUCGAUCGUGAAACGCGCCGCGAGAAGGUGAUAGAAGCGAAAAACCGGGAACAACGAUUGAAAAUGAAAACCCUGAAGAUGCACGGCGAGUCGGAUUUCACCGAUGCCUCUCCGAAAACAGAUGAUCGAGAAGAUUCCAAGGAUUCUUCCGGCGGCUUGAAGAACGCACUGAUAGUGCAAUGCGAACAGGAUUACGAAAAUAUGAUUAAUGCGGAAUUAACACGGCAGGCGGAGGCAAAUACCGUUGAACUGAAUAACAACGUGAUGCAGAACGGAAUUAUAAGUUAAACUAAUUAUAUGCAUUGGCAGAGAUAGGAGCGUAGGAGGUGCUUAGGAUAAUAUAGGAUGAAGGAAGUUCUUUUUUGUAUUCUCUUCCCUAUCUUUCUUAAUGCUUGGCGUACGAAUUUAAGUCAUUCGUUUGAACAUACGUUUAGCAGAAACAUUUCCUGCCGUAUUUCUAAUUUUCUUCUGUUUCUCUGCAGUUAAACUUCAGGUGAGUGUUAAUGUGCCAAA